GUUGUGGGGUGACCAUGGACAAGAAGCGUUAGAAUCUGCUCAUGUUUGUGUGAUAAAUGCAACAGCGACAGGAACCGAAAUACUCAAAAACUUAGUGCUGCCAGGUAUUGGUUCAUUUACAAUUGUCGAUGGGAGUCGGGUCUCUGGAGAAGAUGUUGGAAAUAAUUUCUUUCUACAAAAAAGCCAUAUUGGUCAGAAUCGUGCCCAGAGCGCCACUGAGCUUUUGCAAGAAUUGAAUAAUGAUGUUUCUGGAAACUUUGUCGAAGAGAGUCCAGAAAAACUUCUAGACAAUGACCCUUCCUUUUUUAAUCGGUUUAACUUGGUGGUUGCAACACAACUGCCAGAAAGUACGUUACUGCGCUUGGCUGAACUUCUCUGGAAUUCUAACGUUCCUCUGCUGGUCUGCAGGACUUAUGGACUGGUUGGUUAUAUGAGAGUCAUUAUUAAAGAACACACAGUUGUUGAAUCUCAUCCUGACAAUACAUUAGAAGAUCUGAGACUGGACAAACCAUUUCCAGAACUGAGGGAACACAUUCAGUCUUAUGACUUGGAUCAUAUGGACAAAAAGGACCACAGCCACACUCCAUGGAUUGUGAUUGUAGCAAAGUAUCUAACCAAAUGGUUCAACGAGAAAAGUGAUCAGUUGCCUAGGAGUUACAAAGAAAAAGAAGCGUUCAGACAACUGAUUCGGCAAGGUAUCUUAAAGAAUGAAAAUGGGACCCCAGAAGAUGAGGAAAACUUUGAAGAAGCAAUAAAAAAUGUGAACACAGCAUUAAAUACUACAGAGAUUCCAAGAUGCAUUGAAGAGAUUUUUAAUGACGACUGCUGCAUAAAUCUUACAGAGCAGUCACCCUCCUUCUGGAUUUUGGCUCGAGCUGUAAAGGAAUUUGUGGCAAAUGAGGGGCAAGGAAGCUUGCCUGUCCGGGGCACUAUUCCUGAUAUGAUAGCAGACUCCGGUAAAUUUAUCAAAUUGCAAAAUGUAUACCGUGAAAAAGCAAAGAAGGACAUUGCUGCUGUGGGUAACCAUGCUGCUAAAUUGCUACAGUCCCUAGGCAAGGCACCUGAGUCUAUUUCCGAGAGAGAAUUAAAAUUGCUUUGCAGCAACUCAGCUUUUCUCCGAGUAGUGCGGUGUAGAUCUCUGUCUGAAGAAUACGGUUUAAACACUUUUAACAAGGAUGAAAUCAUUUCCCAUAUGGAUAACCCAGACAGUGAAGUAGUGCUGUACUUGAUGCUACGGGCUGUAGAUAGAUUUUAUAAGCAGCAUGGUAGAUAUCCAGGUGUCUAUAACUAUCAGGUAGAAGAUGAUAUUGGAAAACUAAAGGCAUGCCUUACUGCUUUCUUACAAGAACAUGGGUUGUCUGUAGUGGUGAAAGAUGACUAUGUUCAUGAGUUUUGUCGCUAUGGAGCUGCUGAGCCACAUGCUAUUGCUGCCUUCAUGGGAGGAGCUGCUGCACAGGAGGUUAUCAAAGUCAUUACAGGACAGUUUGUAAUUUUUAAUAACACCUAUAUUUACAGUGGAAUGUCACAGACUUCAGCGACUUUCCAGCUGUAG